CGGGAAAGGGAAGAGUUUGGUCAAUAAAGUCGAAGUUAUGAACGCUGUGAGGGACAAACAUACUCUGACUGAGAGCCGACAGCUUCUAAACUGGUAUAUGGCUGAAAGCAGGUAUGUUCCUAUAUCCAGGGGAACGCUUUUUGUUAACUAACUGUUCUAAUGCUUGAAUGGGACACGUUUAUAUAAACUAACUUUACAGCAUAUUUCAGUGCGGUUUACAUUUAAUAAGUUAUUAGCGAGAAAUCAGAAGUCACGAGCUGUUUGUCGGCCGUGUUGUCCGAAAGCUUUUGUUUCGCAUUUCGUUUGUAUCUAUCCAUGAUUAAACGGAGUAACUGAAAAAAAAAUACAAAUUUUAAACUUGAUUUAAUAUCAACAGUCUGGCAUAAGGAGAAUAGGAUGCACUGCUGACUGGAUCUCGCCCCAACCCUGUCGAAUAAUGAUCAGAGGUAUGUUAUUGCGCUGCUCUACACUGCACCAAACCACACCACAAUAAUGUCUUGAUGUACCGUGAUUUAUUAAAACAAUUAAGUGCAAUAGAGUAUUAUGUGAGAUGACUGAAAUUUUCACCUGAUUCAUUUCAGAUAUUGUCAUAGUGCUGCAUCCUGUCUGUGUGUGUGUGCCUGUGAACCACAAGGUGACUCUGAGUGUCUGUGCUGAGGGCACAGGUAUCCUCAACUAUCAGUGGUUCACUGUUGGUGAGAGGGAGGUGAGUGGAUUUUACUGUUGGCCUACUGGAUCUGUUUAAGUAAGAAGUAUGUCCAAAUUCAUAUCAAAGGAGUUUAAACAACAUUGUGAAACAUUUCCAGUAGCACCUGUUUCCUUAAACAUACCUUUUUUUCUGGUCAGCAGCUGUCUGAAUAUAUAUAUAUAUUUGUAAUAAAACCGCCCAUUUUAGCUACUUCAAUGUAAACAAGUUAAUUUUUUGUCUAUGAAAAGGGUCUGCGCUUAUAUUCUCUCCUGCACUAACCUGUUGCUGCACUUACAAAUCAUUAUUUUUGUUUUGUUUUAAAGGUCCCUGGUGGCAUCACAGCAGAAUUAACCAUCAGAGCGAAACAAACUCAGCUAUUUGUGUGCAGAGUGAGCGACCACUUUCGAAACUAUGUGUUCAGCGACUGGGUAAAAGUGAAGGUGUUAGAUGUUGAUAAAUCAGGUACGUCCUAUGCCAUUCUCAACACCGUCUGAGUUUUUGUUGUGUUUAGAAAAUGAUUAAUUAAGUUUGAUUAAUAUCUUUUCUUGUUCUGUAUUUGUGUCUAUUUCUUUUUCGUCAUUAUCAGGUUUGCCAGUACAUUGGGAGGGUGAGCCACACAUUGCUGUCAACCCUAAACCCCAGACAGUCAGAAAAGGUGCAAAAUUCACUCUCCACUGUUUGGCUUUUGGCAUCCCAACCCCUCACUAUCAGUGGUACAGAAAUGGACAGCCACUGCUGGACAAAACCAGUGACACGUUACAGGUGAGCCAAAAGGAUUGAAUGUUUACUCACCUCAGUGCUGACAGUGAUUGUUUACACAGUGGCUCAUUGAGUUUGCAGUUUCACUUACUAUGAAUCAACCUUUUCAGGAUGUGUUGUUUCAUACACUCAUGUUUAUACACUCAUGAGAUUACUAUUGCGUAUGAAUUCUUGGUGUUUCUGUGCCCUAUUUUAGAGACAUAAACUAAUACAAAAUAAAAACUAUCUUUACAUGUGCAGGUUGAAUGUGCUUCAGCUGAUCAUAAGGGAUCAUAUUUGUGCUCCGUAUCUAACGUACUUGCAGAGACAUGGACUGAACCAGUCGAUGUUGACAUUGGUAAGUCAUAACUGAAACAGUUUUUAUCCGUUUGGUAAAAAUCUGUUCACUCAGUGAGAUCACCACCACAUUUUUUAACACUUCCCUCUUUUCCUAUGAAAUGGCUGUGAAAAAAAACAGCUGUGUUCUGCAUGCUUAACUCAUUCCACUGAUUUUGCACUCAGGCUUUAUGUUUCCAUUAUGCUGGGGUACUUUCCAAUUUCUUCAGACUAAAAAGGAAGUUGUCAGACUCCAAAUAGUACUUGUCCGAGCAUUAGACACAAAACAGGAAAGUGAUGUAAAAUGAAACUAGAUCUUGCUGCAUUUAUCCGGUUUGAGAUGAAUUUAGUAGUAUUUAGGCUACAAUACAUAUAAACAAGAAGUUAUUGGUAAAAUGCAGAACUGUAGUGCAAGCUAUAGUACUGUGUACUAUAAGCUUUGUAAGUAGAAUAGUGGCUCUUAAUGUUUUUUUUCUUACACGAAAAGAUAAUCAAGCGCUCCUUCUUUUUUAUUUUCUGUAGAGCAAAUGGAUCAGCUUCCUCCUGCCGCUCUCACAGGUACAGUUCAUUUAAAGACUCUUUGUUUUAUCUAACUCUAAGGCGAAUGAGCUGUCACAAUUCUUAUCAGAUUUCUCUUUUGUGUUGUGUCAUAACUUGUCUCUGAUUUUAUGUUUCAGCCACUGACAAAGUUGCCCUACUUAUUGGCAACUUGAAUUACUCAAACCAUCCUGUCUUGAUGGCCCCCAUCAUGGAUGUGCACGAACUCGCCAACCUCCUGCGGCAGCUCGGCUUCAGAGUGGUUUCACUACUGGAUCUCACAAGAGAGGAGAUGUUGGCUGCUAUUAACAAGUUCAUUCAGCUUCUUGACAGAGGAGUUUAUGGUGAGUGUGUAUUUUUGUGAAACUAAUUUUUAUCGCCAGUUGGUUGAUUUUAAGGUUUUGAAAUAUAACACUGACGUUUCCAGCAUUGUUCUGUUGCUAUUGUCCUUGGCUGUCUAUCAUUGGAUAUAUAUCUUUGGUUAUUGUCAUGGGUUGUACUCAGAUAGAGCCUCUUUUCACCUUUAACAACAGACAGACACAUGUGACUCGUUACGCUGUUUUUUGAGGUUAUGGAAAUGAUGAACUCAAAAUAACCAUAAAACUGUACCACUGUGUCAGAGUCGCACUGUCUGAUUCAAUUCUCUAAGUUUUGUUUCUAAUAAUAAAAUGAAAAUCAGCCACUGUGAGAAAGCAUGUUUUUUGUGUCGUAGAACUACAAAUGUCAGGCAUUUUUUGUACACCUAAAGAAACUAUUUGAACCUCAAGUGCUUCAAAAAUUACAUAUUAUUCAUAUCAGGAUUACAGUGUGAAAUUUAACUGCAGUUACAAUCAAAUAAAAGUCUUCUUUGUUGCAGAAAUAACAACAUGCAUGUAAUCUCCAUUUACAGGCCUUUUUUACUAUGCUGGUCAUGGGUAUGAGUGUGCUGGGAGGAAUUACCUGGUACCUGUCGAUGCUCCACAACCAUAUAGACCUGAAAACUGCGUCUGUGUGCAGAGGGUCAUGCUCAGCAUGCAACAAAGACAGACUGCACUCAGUGUGAUCUUACUGGACACCUGCAGAAAAUGGUGAGUGCAGUUAUGGAUUUUUUUAUUCACUAAAACUUUUUACAUACAUUAAUACAUUAAUGGAUAUAUAUUUUGUUUUCUGAACAGUUGAUUUAAGCUUGUCACAUUACAGUUGAUGAGAAUUUAUGCUUCAUCUUACUUUUACUUUUAUUUGGUGUCAUAAAAGGUACAACCGGGAUUGUAUUCCAUCAGUCAUCAUGCCAUUGGGACCCAGUGGGAACACUGUUUAUGGUUAUGCAACGUAUGUUCCUUUUUAUGUAUUCCAACUAUUGAAUUACAAUGUGUAGUCCAACCAAAAACCAUUAUAAAACCAUGAUAACACUGACCUGCAAGACAGCAGACUUUAACAUUAAAACUUAGGAAUAUCAGGAAAAAUACUUUGCUUUCUCUUUGGAUUUAUGUUUUUCUCAUUGACUCAUUGACUGUUGCAGGUGUGAAGAUGCUGAGGCUUUUGAGGUGCAAGAUGGAGGUAAAAGUACUGGAAUCUUCACAAAGUACCUGAAUGCUCACAUCCUACAAUCUGAAAAAGUCACACACGUUUUGGAGAAGGUGUCUGAAGGUGAGAAUUUUCAAUAAGUUUGUGAUUUUUUUUGUACCACUUCAAUAAAUAUUGACACAUACGUACAGGAAUUUAACUCAAAUGGUGCUGUAACAGAUGAGGAUUUUUCCAUGAUGCGUUCCUUUUUUUAUAGGUUUAAGUUCACUAUUAAGAAAGUGGUUGUUUCAAGUAACAUGAUUCAUGGUCACAUGUAUGAUGCACCUCAAGAAGCACUGAGGCUUUUCAGCUUUUGUUCUUUCAGUCGGCUUAUAGCUCCUGUGGUAAACAGAUCCGAUGGGAACAGGUUGUCCUCUAGUUUGCUGGGUGGCACACAGACAUGUUUUAUCAUUUUCGUGUUGUUUACGUAGGACUUGUAAAUCUAGCAGUAACUGAGCCGGGUUGGUGGAGUUAUCAAGAUGUCUGUCUUAAGACUGUGUUUGUCUGCUUAGAGAGUCUCUGGUAGAAUAAUUUUUCUAGGUACCAUAAGCAUGUGACCUCAUUCCCUGGACAUUUACACUGUUGGCUAAAGAACAGCAAGAAACCUGAGAGCUGCUGGGUGCAGGACAGCUGCUGUGCUUUUUGGGUACCCCUUGCCUCUGCUCUCAUGGGUUCACUCACAAAUCAGCACCGGGACGACAGGGAGCCUUGCUGACACAUUAUGUGAAUGUACAUUUUAGAUUAACGAAUAAGUCAAUGUUGGUGACUUCUUUUUAAUAAGAUCUCUGUUCUUCUUUUUUUUUUUAAAGUAUUUUAACAAAAUGUGGGCAAUUACCUAAAUCUCCAAGCCUCCGCUUUCAUAUCAGGUCAUCUUGUUGCUGACAUAUUUAGCAAUGGAAAAAGAGAUGUAGAUGAUGAGCCACCGGUUGCUCAUCCAUUAUGACAAAACAGUGAAGACAGCUUCCCUAAAAUAUCCCUGACACCAAAUCCUCUCAAAUGUUAAGCAUGGAUCUAUAUUAAUUCAUUUAUACGUGGCAAUCCACCCUUAUAACCCUGGUCAUUAUUUGUAUAUUAUUGUGAAUUUAAGCCUUUUAGGAAGUGGUUUACCACUCACAUUUGAUCAAGAAAACAAACUAUUAUUUUCAAUUUCCCAAAGUUUCUCAAAAGCCACUCAUAUGAACCUGAUGAAUCUCUUUUUCUCCUGCUAUUGCAAAAUUCGGGCAGCCCCGUCAUCAAAUUAGUGUGUGCAGUGACUGUUGUUGUGGUUUUUGUUUUUCUAGUGAUGAACUGAGUUGACGGUGGGAGAAAAUCCCUGGGAAAUUGUAUCCUAAACUUCCUGUUCUUUUGAGACAUGAUGUUCACCUGCUUUUCCACUCUCUCUUUUACUCCAGAUCUUGGAAGAGACCCUCUAGUCUUAGGAAAGCAGGUAGUGGAAAUCAAACACACCCUGAAGGAGCCCAGAUCACUUGCGGACACAGUUAGGACCACAGGCCACACGAGAGAACUUCACUUGCGAGAUGUCUGCUGGAGACAAGCAAAUGGUAAGUAAAGGGAAUUUCCCCAGAUGAACACGUUUUUUUUUCCAGCUUGUUGAAUUCCAGGUGAAAUUGAAUUGAAAAGAGAAUACAGAAUACAGAACGGAUAUAGUUUAUUUUCCAUCAGGUUAACCACAAUGCUGCUGCUCGAUAUGUUGUGACCUAAAGUGAGAGAUAGUGCUCGCUUUUUUUAUUCCCCUUCACACCUCCUACACUGCAGCAUGUGACAAACUGAGCACAGACACUGUGGUUUGAUGUUAUUUUUAAGUCCAUUCACAACGCCACUCUUUUUUUUUUGGUAAUCAAACAGGGAACUGAUGUUUUUUUUCUUCAAUUUUCUUUGCUGUUUAACGGAAGAAAGACAUGCUACAAUUUCUGAAGUUCCUCAAUUCGACACCAAGACUUUUUUAAUGUGGAAUUAUUCUUAUGAUUGUGAUACCGGAAACUUCACCCGUUGAGGUUGAUAGAUAAACAGUCUGUGGUUAAAAUAAGUAGAUAAGCUGAAAAGUACUAAUAUGGUUCAUCAAGGGAUCUGUAAAAGUUUAAAACCUGAUCUCAGAAAUUUGUAUUUAAAAUGAAGUUGAUGUUUUUAAGCUUCAAUUUGAUGGAUUUUUUUUUCUCUUAUUUCAGAGUUACCACGGAAGAAGCAGCUGAUGUUUCUUUGCGGUGUAGAAGUGGAAGUGAGCUUCUCGGCUUUGUUCUCAAACGUUAUGGUGGCUUUUGCUACUGUGAAGACCACAGGACCUAGAGCCCAGGACUGCACCAUCUCGCUGAGUAGCACACCUGUAAAUAAUAUUUACUUUAAACUUUGAACAAGCCUGUUGAGCUUUAGAUUCAUUCAUGUGUUCUGAGUUCAGAUAGAGACCAGAAGAGAUCAGCACAGUGAGAUUUACUUGACCUUGACUUGACUUCGAUUUUUGAAGGGUUAUUAAACUCCAUAUGAGGUUUGAAAAGUGUGACUUGUAUCUACUACAUAAUUUCCAUGUUGCUCACUGAAGAACGCCAACAGUUUCCAUUAGCCAGCAGGAAUUUCUCUGUGAUAACCAUUCAGCCCCACAUUUCAUGUGAGAGGAAGUUCUGCCCAUAUAUGGACUUCCAGGCUGCAGCAACCACUGACAAAGACAAAAGAGGAAGUAGCAAUAGCAAUGUGAUCUUCUUUUUUGAAACACGUGCACACUUAAAACUUUGACAACCCUGCCACCUAGAGUUCAGAGCAUUUCUGAUGAGUCAGAGCCAGGCUUGUGUAACAACAGAGCAUAGUUUUAUAAGUAGACUGACAUGCUUUAUUAUACUUGAUUAAAAACUGUGAAGACUCUGACAAUCUUUCCUGCUCUUGUUCCUCAGUCGAUGGAAGACUUGUUUUCUGGCCCGGGCAGGUCAGAGGAGAUGGACUCUCUGCUCUUCACCAAAUCUCGUAACCCAGACUGUUUUCUACGACUUUGUGCUCUUCAAAAACUUACGGUAUGUUGCACUGAAUGUCUGUACUCAUGAACUGAAAUCUUGAAAAUGAGGAGUUUGGUACAAUGAAUGUGGAAGUGUAACUAUUUUUAUUACUUUCCUUUUGUUAGGAGUCACUGGUCAUUAAAGUGGAUCUACACUAUACAAACAUGGACAAUGGUCUGCGUAGGACAGAAAGUCUUACAGUGGACAUAGGAAAGCCUUUGGUGGCAUCUUGUAAACUUCACAGGAGGAAUCAUGAAGCAACAGCCAAGAGGAAAGACGAGGCUUCAGCUCAAAGUAUGGGCAACAUUUCAUGUGGCAAAUCACAGCUGCGUAAGACUCUGGCCAGUCCAUGUCGGCCUUUCACCAGAAAAGCAGAGUGUGUUCCUAAAGUUGCAGGUACAAGGAGCAAUGAACCUGAGGAGAAUGAUGAAAAUGAACUGCAAGAAUACGCUCUCUGCCAUUAGACCUGUUGGGCCCACAUAUUGUAAAUACUUUAUUUAAAAAAUGAAUGUUUGUACUGUUGUGAUUAUGAAGCAUUCGGCUUAUCACUUGAAUGUGAUUGGUGAUGAUGAAUGAAUGAAUGAGUGAGUGAAUGAUGGAGGUUUUAGGCCCUUAAUUCUGAGCUCAACACUGAAUACACCAUAACACUGAAUUUCGCAAACCACUGAUUGUAUCACAAAGUGUUAAAGUUUUCCAAAAUGUCACUUUUUAAUCAGUGGAGAGAUGAAUUACAUAAUUAAUGAAAUCUGAGGAAUGGAAACUUUAGGCUGUCAAUUACAUUAUUUCAUAAAAUCAACUGAAUCAGAAGAAAACCAUUGCUGCCAAUAAGUUAUCCAAUAAAAACUACUUUUGUUUUUAAUCUUUGAAA